CUCCGGAGGUCCUACAGUCCAAUGUUGAUCCCACCAAUGUGGAUAUGAAGGAGAAGCCGAUGGCUGACCAGGAUGGCAAAAAGCCAAGCAUCACCACCGACAGUGAGCUUCCUAGGAAGGACACUGAUCCUGCUGGAGAGAAGAGUGAAUCUGACAAAAGGAUGAAUGUAUCAACAAUGGAACAUUCCACUGUCCCCUCUGGAGAUCUUAUUCCGUUUGUUUGCACCAACUUCGACUCUCUGCAGCAACUGAAGACUAUGUGCCUCCACUUGGUUAUUUCCUUCUGCUUUUGCUUCUGUUUGUCAAGUCAUUCCUCCAACAUUAAGGUUCACAUGCUGGUUGCUGGAGAAACUUUCAAUGUUCAUAAGACCUUCAUGAAAAAGCUGAACCUGCAGAUGGAGCUCUGCAGUGCAGAGAGCAGCAGCGUCAUACUGGUCUUCUGUCCUGUUGUGUCUCGGAUUGGGACAGACAUGGAGGCAGCCAUGGCCAGAGAUACAGAUAACAAACCUGUCAUCCUGGUGCUCAUGCACCACUGUCACCACCCCAGUCACAUGACCAACAUCACAGUGCAACCAUGCAGGAGCAACAUAGUGCAAGUCGUCCACUGCGCCUUCCAUGUAUCUAAAGGGCUGCUGCGAUGCCGGGAAAAUGAACAGGCAGUUGCUAAGGUGCAAGCGAUGCUGAAGAAAUACAAGUGAAGAAGCACACAUGGCACAGGGGAGAAUGGAUUGCAACUACUAAUAAACUACUAACACUGUGUACACAUGAUUUUAAUCAUAGUUCGUUAUACUUAGACUUUGUAAUUCUGUCCUUUAUUUUAGGAAUUUAUUGUAAUAUGUGGCUUAUAGAUUAAUAAUUAUUGGCAGCAGUCAAGGACAUUUAAACAACUUGUCUUGGGGACCUAAGUGUUGCAGGUUUGGGUGCCAGUGAAAAUCACUACAGUGACACUGUAAAGCAGUGGAACUUUAUUUUUGUUUGAACUCCAAGACCUUGUCCACACAUACACGGGUAUUUUUAAAAACAGUGAAACAAUCAUGUAAACACAUACGUGACAUACACAGGCAACGUUUAAACAAAGAAGUCUUUCUUCGAGGGACUGUGUGUCUGUUGUAUGUGAGGAAGUAAGUGUGUGUGGGGGGGGUUGUGUUAUGGGCCCUUCAAGACUCUUUAUUCAUUGUUCAGCCACUUAUCAACCCUUAAAUGUGCCCCCCCCCCCCUUAACCAGCUCAUACCUGGAUUGGACCCCUUACCUGAAUGCCCUGGCUGUUAUUCCUAGGUCUCUGAGUUUGAGCCAUAAAACUUGAAACUCUUUGCCUUCCUUGUUAUCUGGAUCUCCCUGAACAUGUGUGUCUGAGGUUGUGUAUGUGUGUGUGUGUGUGUGUGUGCGUGUGUGUAUGUGUGUGGGGGGUUGUGUGUGAGUGGGCGUGUGCAUGUGCUGGAAUCAUUAACCCCCCCCCCCUUGUGCCUUGACCAUCUAGUACCCCUUGUACCAGGCUGGACCUUAUCUCAAGGGUUCCAAACCUUCGGGCCUUAAAACUUGGAAUGUUAGCCCUGGUGUGUGUGUGUGUGUGUGUGUGUGUGUGUGUGUGUACAAUCCCACAGGUAUUUACUCAAGAAGAUAUAAGCAGCAUACCUGUUAUAACUUAGAAUGUGACUCCACCUUUGACUAAUAUAUGUAUUACUGAUGUCGAUGUGUUACAAGGUCUGGCUAAACUGAAAAUGAAUGAGUCUCAUAGCCCUGAUGGCAUCUAACCUACAGUUUUAAAGUAGAUGAUUAUCUGUAGACCUUUAACUUGGCUAUUUCAGGUAUGACACCUAUUUUCAAAAAAGGGAGGUAGAAGUGGUUGAAUACCUAGACCCUAAUAACAUUCUGAGGAACAGACAACAUUGGUGUAGGAGGGGUAGAUUCCGUCUGACUAAUCUACUUGAGUUUUUUGCGGAGGCCACAAGGAAAAUUGAUCGAAAUAAGGCCUAUGAUGUGAUUUAUUUAUUUUUCCAGAAGAUCUUUGAUGUAGUCCACACAAACAAUUCCUGCUUAAGCUCAAAGCAGCAGGUAUGUUAGGAACUGUGCAAGAUUUGAUCAAAAAAACGGUUAUCCGAUAAAAAGCAGCAGGUAGUUAUUUGAGACACAAAGUAACAAUGGGCCUGUGUCAAUAGUGGGGGGGACCCCAGGGUUCAGUAUUAUGUCUCCAUAUUUCUGUAUUGGAAAAUUCAAUUGACAGCCAAUAAACUGUUGUGCUGAACUCUGGCUAUUAGGCUGGAUUGAUGCCAGUUUUGUAAACACUUCUCCGUAAUCAUUGUGUUGUCAUGUAAUUGUGCUUGGUCGUUGUGUAAAGUGUAGUGUAAAUGUGUACUGCUGUAUAUAGUGUAUCUGUGUUCCUUUAUGUGUGCCCACCGUGCCUGCUGGCCUGCUUACUCCUAAUACGCACGGUGGGCAGUGCGAAUAAUAACAAAUAUUACAAGCGACAUGGCUCGAUCGGCACCCCACUUUUACAAUACUUUUGUUUAAAAUGUCUGGUGCUGAUGAAACUUGUCAGGACUUAUU